AUGGCACAAGACGGAAAAAUUGAGGGUAAAACCUUUUUAAUAACUGGCGGUGCUUCUGGACUCGGAGCAGCGUAUGUCGAAGCGUUUUUAACAUUCGGAGCAGAGAAAAUAGCCAUACUGGAUGUCGCCGAGAAAGUUGGCAAAGAUUUUGCAGAAAAACUUAAUGAAACAUACAAAAACAAAGUCCUCUUCAUCCGAUGCGAUGUUAGCAAAGAAGAGGACAUUAAGAACAGCUUUCAAGAAGUGUUAACUGCAUUCGAAAGGAUAGACGUUAUAAUCAACAAUGCAGGUAUCAUGAAUGAUUCCAUAGAUGCUUGGAGAACAGCUUCAGAUGUCAAUUGGCAAGGUCUAGUGUCGUUCACGAGGAAAGGCAUAAGCCACAUGCGCAAAGAUGAGGGUGGAUUGGGCGGUAGCAUUAUAAACAUAUCUUCGACAGCCGCACUCGUUAAACUGGAUAUUCUGCCUGUGUACUGUGGCUCUAAGGCUGCAGUAUUACACUUUAGUAGGAGCAUAUCGUCCCCUGAAUUCUACGACAACACUGGAGUUCGCAUACUGACUAUAUGUUUUGGCCCGACAUCUACACCACUUCUGAGUAACCUUCAAUCUAAGUUUUUAGAUCAGAAAGUCUCGCAGCUGUUCUGUGCUUCUUCUGAUUAUCCUUAUCAAAGCGUUGAAACUGCUGUAGAAGCUUUUCUGAAGAUGUUCCGCGAAGGCGACCCUGGAUCAGUUUGGCUUUCCACGUGCAGCAAACCGGUUCAAGACAUUACAUCUAUCUUGGACGACGCCAACAAGCCAUUGCAAAUGCUUUUGCUCCCUGAAGGUGUCACUAAUGUUUCAAAAUAA